CAUUGCGAAAAAGUAGUUUCCCUAUCGAAAAAGGGGUGUUUUCUCCGUUUGUGUGUUUUUGUAGCGGUAAAAUUCGUCUUUCGCCAUUCCCGGACGAUUGGUGAUGCGUAUUACGACAUCCCCGGGCGAGCAGCAGCGCGAGCAAAACCGUAGCAGCAGCGUUUUCUGCCGUGGCAACUCGUUGGGCGGAAUGGCUCCGGCCAAGCUGAACUACCGGAUUUCGGUGUCGACGUUCUUCGCCAAGUCCCAUCCGAGCGAUGAGUGCUGUGGAAGUAAUGGACUUCCGCUGACUCCCAAUUCGAUUGGAAUCUAUGGCCGGUCGCAGCUGCUGAGGGGGGACGCAUUGAAGCACGAGAAUCUUUGUGAGUAUUUGGAUGUGAUCCGGGGGAAGCACGAGCGGACGAUCAUCGUCCAGGAGUAUGCGGGAAGUCCGCUGACGGAGACUUUUAUCGGGGAGAAUAAUAAGCAGGAGACGUUGCUGAGGAUUGGAUUCCAGGUGCUGAGGGCGUUGAGCCAUCUAAAUGGGAAUGGGUUGAUGUGUCGGAACUUGGAGCCGGUGAAUGUUCUGAUCAGUCGGGCUUUUUGUGUGAAGCUGUACAACUAUGGGUUGUAUUAUAUGACGUACGGGGGCAAGUACGUGUCGUUUCCGAUUGGUAAUGUGAAGUACCUUGGGCCGGAAGUGCUGUUGGGAUCGAGGGAGAAUAUCAAGAGUGACGUGUGGUCGCUUGGGAUGAUUCUGGCGGAGUUGGCUCUGGGGUGUAAGCUGUGGGACACCUUGAAGGUGUCCCAUAUUACGAGGAAGGUGCUUAGUUUGGUGAAUACCGGGAAUGUGCUGGAGAAGAUAGCGCGGGAGCAUAAGAAGAUGGAACUGUACGAGGGAUUGGAUGCGGCUCUGCGGCGAAUCAUCGAGGUGUGUCUGACGGUUUCGGUUGCGAGGCGUCCUCAGGCGAAGGAAUUGCUGGAGGAUCAGGCUUUUGAUUUUCUGAGGGAGGAAUGUUUUACGGCACCCGAUCCGGUGGGGAUGACACUGUUGGAGAAGCACUCCGACAGUCUGGCGGAAAUUUACUACCUCUGGCAGCUAGCUGGUGGGGAUGUUCAUCAGGAACUGAAGAAGGAAGGGCUCAUCAAGAGUGAGGCCCCGAUUUUGUCGUUGCCUGACUUGAUCCUUCUGAACGGAAAGUCAAUCUCACCACCCAAGAGCCAAAGUUUCCUGCAUGACAGUCGUAUCAUAUUUCUUAACUUUAACAUCCUGCUGGAGCGCUUCUCCAAAAUACCGGAGGAAGAAUAUCUCCCGCUGAUCUACACUACCAAUGCCUAUCUGGAAUCUCCCUUUUUCAAGACGGAUCUCCCUUUGGUUAUUCGGGAACGCGACACCGUUUACCAAUUCCAUCGAAUCAUGCUUCUCAAGACCCUGCUGCACGGCUACCCGUACACCCAGGACUUGUUGAAGAGCUUCGCUAGCAAGGAUAUUCCUCCUCCGUUCCGUGGCCACGUUUGGGCUUGCCUGCUGGGUGUGGUGGAAAAUGGGCUAUACGAAAAACUGGACAAGUGCAGUCCAACUCUGACGGAUCGGCAAAUCGAGGUGGACAUUCCACGGUGUCAUCAGUACAACGAACUGCUCUCGUCACCGGAGGGGCAUGCCAAGCUGAAGAGGCUGCUGAAAGCCUGGGUCACGGCUCAUCCGCAGUAUGUCUACUGGCAGGGGCUGGAUUCCCUGACGGCGCCGUUUCUCUAUUUGAAUUUCAACAACGAAGAACGGGCCUUCCUCAGUCUGUAUAAGUUCAUUCCGAAGUAUCUGCAUCUAUUUUUCCUGAAGGAUAACUCGUCGAUCAUCAAGGAGUAUUUGGUGAAGUUUUUCCAGUUGAUCUUUUUCCACGAACCGAAGCUGGCGAAGCACCUGCAUGGCAUCAACUUUAUUCCGGAGCUGUACGCCAUUCCGUGGUUCCUGACCAUGUUCAGUCACGUAUUUCCGCUGCAUAAAAUAUUCCACCUAUGGGACAAGCUGAUCCUGGGGGACAACUCGUACCCGCUGUUCAUCGGCAUUGCCAUCCUGAAACAGCUGAAGAACACCCUACUCAAGUCGGGCUUCAAUGAGUGCAUUCUGCUGUUCAGUGACCUGCCGGACAUCGUGAUGGAGACCUGCGUGAACGAUUCCGAAUCGAUGUACCAAUUCACGCCAAAGAGCAUCACCUACCGGAAGUACGCCCUGCACGAGGAGGAUCCGAGCGAUUUUGACCUGAAGUACUCGGUCGAAGACCACGGUGAGGUCCAGGCGGAACUCUACCCCCGAAUCAGCAAGUACGAUCUGAUCCGGCUGCUGCGGGACCGGCCGGCCAGUGCGUGUGUUCUGGACCUGCGAAGCAAUCUCGAACACAAGAAGGUGGCCAUCGAGAACAGCGUCAACAUUCCGUUCAGUUCGGUUUCGUUGAAGGAACCGCGCUUGAAUGCGCUCAAUGUGCCGAAACUAGAGCGCUAUCUCCGGCGAAAGGUCGUCGUAAUCGUAAGUACAUCGCACGAGAAUGCACUGCUCUUUGCCAAGUUCUUGGUCGACUGCCACGUUCCUUAUGUUUGCGUGCUGAAUCGGGGCUUUGAGUCUCUGUACCGAACGGAUGAUAAGCUGAUGCUACAGACGUUCGAUUAUAUUAAUACGCUGGCCAAGAGCGUACCGAAUGUUGCUAAUUUUGUUGAGUCGUAGGUGGGUUAAAUUUUCUGCUUCGGGGAGUGGCUUGACGUGAUAUAUACAUUGUAACUACUUAUUAU